AUGAAGUUGCUUCUCGUCCUCGCUGCCACCUUGACAGUCGCCGCCGCCGGCACGGUCCACCCCGCCCUCAACCUCGCCAUUCAACAAGGCGCAACUGAGGCGAUUCUCGAACUACCCCAAAUCAUGGAACAAGUCGAAGCCAGCCGAUCGCUCUCUUCCCUUUCCGGUGACGCCAAGGUGUCCGCCCUCGUCGUCAUGCUGCAAGGACUCACCUCCGCUGCUCAGGCCCCCUUCGUCCAAGUCGCUUCCUCCCUCGGCCUCGAGACGCAGACCUACUGGGGAUCCAACAUCAUCCUCGUCAAGGGUUUGACCCCCCAGACUCUUGCCUCCUUGGCCGCCACUCCCGGAGAAUUCACCCUUCGCCAGCAAAUCACCGUCCAAAUGACCCCAUCCGUCGUCGUCGAGUCUGCCCAGAACGCUACCCAGAACCCACAAUGGGGCGUUGCCAUGAUCAGGGCGCCCGAAGCAUGGGCGCGCACUCAAGGUGAAGGGACCGUCGUUUGCAUCAUCGACACCGGAGUUAAUCUAGGACACGUUGUCCUCGCUGACGCGUACUGUGGUGCCUGGAGCGACCCGCACUACAACACGGCGGAACCAACUGACCAACAGGGACACGGCUCCCACUGCGCGGGAACCGUCCUUGGACGUGCCAACGGUGUCGGUGUCGCCCCUGCUGCCCAAUGGGUCGCCUGCCGUGGGCUUAACCACCAAGGAUCCGGAACUGAAGCUACCCUCAUCUUCUGCGGCCAAUGGGUCUUGACCGCUAAUCCCAGACCAAACAUCGUCUCCAACUCGUGGGGCGGUGGUGGCAACGAUCCAUGGGUCAUCCUGCAGGACGACCACCUCUCCCGGAGAUCAGCCCAACCUUAUCUCCGUUGGUGCCACCACUGA